UGUUUGAUCAUAGUUCAUUGUUCAUUUAAUAUUUUGUUAAUUUACACAAUGUCCAAAUCAUUAGUCAUUCUUCUAGUCCAAUGCGAGUGGUUUUUAGUUUCAAAACAAGAACUCAUUUCCUCCCGCCGUUGCAUUAGCCACACGCUGGGUGUACUCCACAAGCAUCGAUCUUCAAAACAGUUUUCCCCCGAACUGGAGCAGACAUUCAAAUCCGAAGCGAAUUAUAAUAAUAUUAAGAAAUAUACCAAAUAUGCGAUAAAGCAUAGAAAUUGGCAUGCCAGAAAUAAUGAUAAGAAGGAAACUCCUCGAAUCUAUUUCAAUUAUUUGCUGCUGGAUUCACGCAUAACCAAUAAUCUUAAGAAAAGAGCUCUAAGAAUGCAUCAAAUUGAUAUAUGGUUGACAUUCUUACGUUCCGUUUUUUAUGUGGGCAAGGGCAAGGCAUUGCGACCUUAUGUCCACUUGCAGCAUGCCCAGAAAUUACUCCAAGAACCGGAUCAACUUAAAUUAGCCAAAGAUCCCAAAUUGGCAUUAAUUGUGAAUAUAUGGCAAGAUAAACGUGGCGUUUUGCUACUUCAUGGAUUUAGGGGCAUCUCUUCGUACGAUGCACAUUCCCGUGAGGCCGCCAUGAUAGAUGCUCUCGGCAUGAAUCAUUUAACCAAUCGACGAGUUGGUGUUUACUUUGGUCUGACCAAAAAGCAUUUUACAAUGGGUCAGCGUAGAUUAUUGGGCAUAGCUUUGCUUCAUAAGUUAUUAACUCAGUUUAUGGCGGGGGAAGAACGUGAAUUACAUCCACAAAUAUCGACUUGUGCUCAGGCGGCUUAAAUAUAAUCAUAUUGUUUUUAUAAA